AUACCAGCUCUUAUCUUCUGGGCACCAGCAGCAACCUCUUGGGGUUCAGUCAUCUGUGGACAUAGUGCUGUGACGAAGCCCUGUGUCCUUAGCCACCAUGCCGCAGCCUACAGACCAGCAGCAAGAUGCGAGGUCCUUCCUCAGCGAGGAAAUGAUCGCUGAGUUCAAGGCCGCCUUUGACAUGUUUGACACAGAUGGCGGUGGAGACAUCAGCACCAAGGAGUUGGGUACUGUUAUGCGCAUGCUUGGACAGACCCCAACCAAAGAAGAGCUGGAUGCCAUCAUUGAGGAAGUAGAUGAAGAUGGCAGCGGUACCAUCGACUUUGAAGAGUUCUUGGUCAUGAUGGUGCGCCAGAUGAAAGAGGAUGCGCAAGGAAAAAGUGAAGAGGAGUUGGCUGAAUGCUUCCGCAUCUUUGACAAGAAUGCUGAUGGGUACAUCGAUAGUGAUGAGCUGGCAGAGAUCCUCCGUUCCUCUGGUGAGAGUAUCACAGAUGAGGAAAUUGAUGAGCUGAUGAAGGAUGGAGACAAAAACAAUGAUGGCAAGAUUGACUUUGAUGAGUUCCUCAAGAUGAUGGAAGGUGUACAAUAAGCUGUUGGACAUUCCUCUGGAGCGUUAUGACGCUAGCUUGUACAUUAUACUUGUCUUACUUUUUUCUGCUGGAUGGAGUAAUUUCCCCCUGCUCUAUCUUGCAUCUCCCAGAAUCCUCCAUGUCUCGGCUUUGUUCAAUGAACACCAUCUACAACCAUCAGCCUGCGGAGAAUAUUUUCUGUUUUUCUCAACCAGAUCUUCCGCUUUCUACAUCACUCUUAAUUUCUUCAACUUUCAGAUGUUAUUUAUGAAACCGAAAACCACCAUUAAAAGUCUUAGUGAACCUUUCAAAGCUCUGGGCUGCAUAUGCUAAGUACAUAGUGGAGGAGAGCUUCUUUGGGCGCAGUAGACAACAGGCUAAUGUCAUCAUUUGUUUUCAAUCAAAUUUUUUUUUCUUCACAAAUGCAUUACAACUGAUAAAAUGACGAAUUAUUUCUAAAAGAC